GGUGCUGCUGUUGUUGCUGCUCAUCCAGCUUAGAAGCUGGGCGUUGCGGGGGUGGGGGGACUUCAUUGGCUAGUCGGGGGGAGUAGCUUAGGAAUUUGUACCUUCAGAGGGUGUAGAUAGCCUUUGCGGAUUCGAAGUGGAAGUGGUUUAUAGAUUAAGGGGGUCGUCAUGCCUCCCAAGGCAGCUCCCAAGGGGGGCGGCAAGGAGAAGUCGAAAGCUGACCUUGCGAAGAAGCAGAAGCUCGUGGAGGACAAGACCUUCGGAUUGAAGAAUAAAAACAAGAGCAAGAACGUGCAGAAGUACGUGCAGAGCUUACACCAGUCUGUCCAGAAUGCCGGACCCAAGCGUGGAGUUGAUGAUCCCAAGGCCGCGGCCAAGAAGAAGAAGGAAGAAGAAGCUGCGAGGGAUAAGGAGUUAAAUGAAUUGUUCAAAGUGGCUAUUAGUCAGCCUAAGGUUCCUGUUGGUGUUGAUCCCAAAUCAAUCGUUUGUGAGUUUUUUCGCCACGGGCAAUGUGCCAAGGGAUUCAAGUGCAAGUUCUCGCACGAUCUCAGUGUUGAAAGGAAAGGAGAGAAGAUUGAUAUUUACAGCGAUCAGCGUGAUUCAGAGACCAUGGAUGAAUGGGAUCAGGAGACUCUUGAGAAAGUGGUAGCAGCGAAAGGAAAUGAGUUCGUUCACAAUAAACCUACGGAAAUUGUGUGCAAACAUUUCUUGGAUGCUGUAGAAAAGAAACAAUACGGAUGGUUUUGGACGUGCCCUAACGGUGGGAAGGAUUGUCAUUACCGACAUGCUUUGCCCCCCGGUUAUGUCCUUAAGUCACAAAUGAAGGCAUUGCUUGAAGAAGAGGGUGAAAAAUUGUCGAUUGAAGAAGAGAUUGAGAAUCAGAGGCGUAUGACCAAAACCAGCACCCCUAUGACGGGAGAGGCAUUUGCAGAAUGGAAAAGAAAGAAAUCCGAAGCACGUGAAGUUGAAUUAGCUUCCAAGAGAGCAGAGAGGGCCAGAACCGAUAGAAUGAGUGGACGAGAGCUCUUCCUUGCUGAUGCCAGCUUGUUUGUGGAUGACGCGGAAGCGUUUGACUCUUACACUCGGGAAGAAGAGCCCGAUGCUGCGGAGGGUUCAGGAUCCUCUCAGCAGGUUCAACAGAAAUCAGUUUUGGACAGAGCAGGUAUCAGUGAGCAGGACGAGAGUUUAUUUAUAGACGACGACGAUGAAUUGGACCUGGAUGAGUUGGAUGAGUUGGAGUCCAGGAUUCAUAAGACAUCCUUGGAUGACACGUAAGGAUGGAGCUUCGACAAAUGGAAGCAGAGCAAGACAUGGUUCAGUCGUUGAAGUGAUCUUUUCUCCACAGUUGAUUACAGUCUGAUGCAGUGGAAUUGAACAUGCAGAGAAUUCGCAGUUCAGUAGUUCUUGUUAAUUGGAGUUUGUAGCUUUUGUUGCUUAAGGAUGGGUGUUUCAGAGAAUUUCCGAGUUGGAUAGUUUAGAUUUAGAAUGAGAUUUAGAGCUUUUUCGGGAAUCAGUACUUAAUGUGGAAGAUGUCUAUGCGUUUGUCGCCUGGUCAUGAUGGAGCUUAUUCUGUAUUACAUAAUGGUGUACACUGAAGAGAAUCGUGAAAUGUGGCUAUAGAAUAUAGCCUAUGGCUCUUGGUAAUUCAGAGAGGUUUCAUUGCUAAUGUGGACAGUUGCUCUUGCAAUA